UGAUCUGUCUGCUGUUGGAAGGAGUGCGGAAAGUCUGUGUGCACCCCAAAAAAGGAUUAAAAUUACCUGCAUUGUCGAGUUUGUGUCAUUACAAUGUUGUAAGCCACACGAACAGUGAUUAGGACAGCAAUCUUUCAUAUCUUACCCCGUCAAAUUAAGACUUUUACAGUCUGAUAAGAUGUCGGAAGGAAACAAAAACACGAACACGGAACCGUGGGGCGGUUUUGAUGACAACCUUAUUCAGAGAGGCGGCUCAGCCGUGAUCGACAUGGAGAACAUGGACGACACGUCGGGCUCGAGCUUCGAGGACGUGGGGGAGAUGCACCAGCGCAUGAAGGACGAGGAGGAGGUGACGGCGGAGGCGGCGGCCACCGAGGAGGAGGGGGAGGGGGAGCCGGGCGAGGACGGAGAGUUCCUGGGCAUGAAGGGUAUCAAGGGUCAGCUGAGCCGGCAGGUGGCCGACGAGGUGUGGAGAGCAGGGAAGCGCCAGGCCUCCAAGGCCUUCAACCUGUAUGCCAACAUUGACAUCCUCAGACCUUACUUCGACGUGGAGCCCAUGCAGGUCCGCAACAGGUUAAUUGAGUCCUUGAUUCCAGUUCGAAUGAUCAACUUUCCGCAGAAAGUGGCUGGCGAGCUGUACGGGCCCAUGAUGCUGGUCUUUACCCUGGUGGCCAUCUUGCUCCAUGGCAUGAAGACGUCUGGCACAGUCAUCAGAGAGGGCACCCUGAUGGGGACGGCCAUCGGCACGUGUUUCGGCUACUGGCUGGGCGUGUCCUCCUUCAUCUACUUCCUGGCCUACCUCUGUAACGCCCAGAUCACCAUGCUGCAGAUGCUCUCGCUAUUGGGCUAUGGGCUCUUCAGCCACUGCGUGGUCCUCUUUGUCACCUACAGUGUCCACUUCCACUCCCUCUUCUACCUCCUCUGGCUCGUCAUCGGGGGCCUUUCCACACUACGCAUGGUGGCAGUGCUGAUCUCUCGCACGGUGGGCCAGACGCCGCGUCUCAUCCUUUGUGGCACGCUGGCUGCCCUCCACAUGCUCUUCCUGCUCUACUUGCACUUCGCCUACCACAAGAUUGUUGAAGGUAUCCUGGACACUUUGGAAGGACCUGCAAUGCCUCCAAUCCAGCGGGUAGCCCGGGACCUGCCCAACACGGUCACAGUGCUGAAUGCCACCAUGAAGGGGCUGACCGCCGGCGCUACUGCCAUCCUCACCCAGUAGUGGCCCGUUUGUCAUGUCCGACCUAGAGGACCUAUGUCAUCGCGGUUUAUCGAAGCUGAGGGGAGAAGGGUAGCACACACACACACACACACACACACACACACACACACACACACACACACACACACACACACACACACACACACACUGUCCCCUCUUGAACGGCGGAAACACUAUGUUGUGGUGCAGGUGUGGUUUUCAACACGUCACACUUUAUGAUCCAAUAUACACACAUGCAUUAUGCUCUUCACUGUCUCUCAUGCAAAACAGGAGUGGAGCGAUCGCCAAAUGUGGCCAUCUCCCCAUCCUCCUCUCUGCCUCAGAUUGGCCACAGGUACUAUUGUGUCAUAUUGAGAGCAGAUUGUUUUGCCCCCAUCCCUCAUGUCCAUGCCGAUAUAACACCCCGGACGUCCUGUCUCAGUGAACGCUUCAAUCAGACCUGCAACCACAGCCAUCCCUGGAAGGGCCCUCUGGAAAAUGGGGAGGGCUCGAGGAACCAUGUCUACCCGGCUGCCUCUGUGCAACGGAACUGUGCUGUUGUUCCCCUGUACGCGCCCCUGGACUCUAGCACAUCCACACAGUCGUGUCACAACAACAGCCCAGGGCCGGAUUCCAUUAAAAUCUGUCUCUAGCGGAACUUCAAAAUGAUUCCAUGCAUUCCAGUUUAAAAUGUUUGCUGUGAGAGUAGGGAUCCAUUGUUAGUAUGAUACGAAGAGGAUUUAGGAGGAAAAAAGUAAGCUGUGUCAUUUUUUAUUGUGAUUACUUUGCCAAUUACACAUAAAAUUGCCAUUUGUAGGGGUGGUCUGAAGGACUGUACCUGCCUGAGUGUGAGGGAGGGCUUGGUACUGCAUUAUACUGGAUAGGAGAACUGAGGUGUCCAGAGAUACAAGAUUGACUAAGCCUGGGUUACUUCACAUGUGUAUGUGAUGGCAUUGCACACAGAUUUGAUGAGAUGUACAUUUUGUUUUGUUGAUUCCACCCCCCUUCUUCAUCCCUCACAGUGGAGAAGUAAAGAGUAAAGAAUCUGUCCAUUUUAACCUGUAUUAUGCUACAGUGAUCAGGCGGCUCUAGAAAAUCCCAAUAUGCUUUUAUGUUUCUUUGCACCAUGAUGUUACACGUGUACAGUAACUGCUUUUGUUUGCCAUGUUGGAUAUCAUUAUUGUAAAUGUGUCUUUUUCAUAUGUUUUUGUAUGGAACAGUAGUGUAUGGGGAAAAGAGUGAAGGCUCUCCAGGUCUGCUGAAAUGUUGUCUGAAUGUUGUCUGUCAUCCCCUACCUAUGAUGUUUUCUCCCUUCCAUCAAGUUAUGUCUGCAACCCCUUUCUGACCUAACCAAUGGUGAUUUCUUUUGCAAGAUUGUAAUUUUUUUGUUUCCUGAUAGGUUGGAGAUGUGAUCACUCCAUUUUGUUUUUGGUCCUCUGGGGAAAUUUUAUUUAUAGGGUUUUAUUGUACAGAGAAGAUACAAUAUAAAGACCAUGUAAUCAGAAAUAAAAGAUUGCAUAUGAUGAA